AUGGCCCCGUCAACCGCUACCCCAUCCAAUUUGCAUCGCGCGCCCUUGGCCUGUCUCAAGUGCCGGACAGCAAAGGUCCGGUGUCUGGUCUCGCAAAGCUCCGACCGAUGCGAUCGGUGUACCACCAAUGAUACAGACUGUGUCUUUACUCAACCGAAGCGGGCCAAAGCGAGGGUCCAUCCAUAUUCUCGGCGUCCGAGACGUACGCCUACGCAACAGGAACAGGCUAUGGAGCAUGUCCCUGCCUUGUCGACAUCACCAUUAACAGCCCAAGAAACCACCUCGGUGCCUCAACAUCCGACUCCUGUCAGUCAUGAACUUCUUCGUGUUGGCCAUAGUCAGCAGACACUCAUCACUCCCGAGAUUCGAGCGAGGAUUGUUGCCACGUUAGCAACUCUCAAGGGACAGAGAGGCGCACCAUUCAGCUUCAUCACCUCUGGAGACAGCCCUUCUGUUGGUGAGGGAUCUAGAACAGAGGAAUCAAUCCACGUCGCAAGUCAGCAGCCACUGUCUUUUGAGCAAUCGCAAUCGCAAUCGUCAGCGCCCUCGUUGAAGCUGUCAUGGCUUCUUCGCCCCCUCAGAGCCAGCGAUCGAAGUCAUGCCGGAGAAGAUAUCCGCCAGUCCACUCCCUGGGUCAAGAUGCCCAGCUAUCUUGCCUCCCUGACACUUGGACAGAUCAUCACAGACCCGAUCGAAGGAGGCAUUCUCACUCGGCCGGCGUCUGUAGCGCUGUUUCAGCACUUCAUGCUCGAGAUGAAUGCGAAAUGGGAGUACAUACUCGAUCCUUAUCUCGAUACCCAUGAUGAUAUCAGGCGUAGGAGCCGACUGCUUUUUGUCACUGUUCUAUUUUGCUCAUCUAAAUUCGCCAACUACAUCAAUGGGAACCUCAUCUCGACGCCAGACCCCUUUCUUCAGAGUCGACUAUGUAGCGUUGCACGAAACUUGGCAAUUAGGGUAUUCGCCGAAGGGGAUAGAUCUAUCGAAACUAUGCAGGCCUUUUAUCUAUUAGUCUGUUGGAAGGAUGCAGAUGACGAUGUCUCGUACUGCCAUAGUGGCUACGCCUUCCGAAUUCUUCAUGACUUAGACUUGGACCAAAGCGAUGGCGAUGGCGAUAGGCGGCAGGUGGCGCGAAGUAGGCGGACAUGGCUGGCUUUAUUCCGACAAGAUAAACAGCAGAGUCUGUUCUUUAUGAGGCGAGCUACUCUAAGUCUUGAUGGUGAGGAUCCCCCUUUUGUCGGCUACCUCAAUACCUGGCUGAAGAUGCCAUAUGCGUUGCCGCAAGACUUUAUCGCUUGCUGUAGCGCUGAUCUGCGUCACAUUCAGUCCAAGCUACGUACCAUGGUUCGAAAAGCUCCAUCGAUUAUGCUGCCAUGUCUCUUGGAGCUUAUGGACUCGGAGCUGAAUAGAUGGAAGUCGACGUGGGAGAACCACAUCGAGGGGGGGGCAAGACUACAUCCGGAUGACUUAUCCCUUGAUCGUCGGCUGCUGCACCCUGGGAAAGGCCAUAUUAAAACACUUAUGGGGCUCUGGGAGAACAGUGUCCAACUCAAUGUCGCCUCUGCGAUCCUUCGACAAGCACUGGUUGCCUCGGUGACGUCGCCUCUCCAUGCCAAUGGCCAGUCGCCACCGUCGACUUUCAGAGUCGAUCUGCCCGGCAUCCCGGCUAUAGAAGAAGUGCUGUCUCCGGACAUUCCCGGACUUAUUAGCAGCGUUGAAGGCGGGUUUGGAACACUGCGUCACUUGCUUGCAUUCCCGAUCGAGGAUCUAAGACGAGCUCCUGAUUCUACCCUCCUCCUUGGUCCGAAUACCGCACUCUUCCUCUGUCUACUGCUCUGCCUUCCUUGCAACGGCGUUCUUGGCCCGGCUUUCCAGAAGACAGCAAUAGGCCUCAUCCAAGAUAUUGCUCGGCAUGUAGGUCAAGCGGUACAGUCACCCCAGGACACUCUGAGCCUGCACUCCGCGUAUCUCGACUCACUCGUGAAUCUUCUGGGGCCGGCAACACCGCAAUGGCCGCCAAAUUCGCACGAGCGAAUGAGACACUUAUCAACUCUCGAUCUAUCACAGUCACAUAUGGACGCAAAUGACUUGCGAUUCGACGAGACAGCGCUGGAAGCAGCUCAGGUUUUGGCGGGCGGAAUGGGUGGGCUGAACUGCAACGUAGACGACAACAAUGCCAUGUUUAGUCUCACAAGCGAGCCUGAGCAGAUGCUGUAUAUGCAGAGUUUGGCCAACUUGCUAGAUACGAGCUUCUUUUCGGCGACAGAACCCACGUCUGUGGAUGUGAAUGGCAACACUAAGCCGUAG